CAGGGAGGAGUCCACUCAUGUUCGUGAGUAGAUGGCGUGAGUGCUGUUACCACGCGUGUGUAACCUUGAUGGUAGCAUUCUUUUCCCAGUUGUAGUUCUGUUGCCUUCAACCAUGCAGGCUGCCAUGGAUAUUACAGCCCGGUUUUGCCACAAGGAGAUGGAGGAGUAUGGUACUUGUGUGGCCUCUAACCCAUCGUCAUGGCAACAGCAGUGUCAGGAGCUGAAGAUGAAGGUGGCACAAUGCACCUCUUCACACCCAGUGAUCCAGAAGAUUCGGUCGGGGUGUGCUGGGGAGUUUACGGAGUUUGAGCGGUGCCUGAGGGAGCACCAGGCAGCAGUGGGCUCCUGCUCGACCCAAGUCCGCCGUUUCCUGGCCUGCGCCGAGACUGUGGACCUCGCAGGCGUCGGGGGAGCUGUUCCUCAACCCACGUAGGACUCGGGGGAACCCUUCUCAUUCUGUUAAACCCCUCUGGCCUCACCUUAUUUUAAAUGCAAUGCUGUAAAGUGCAGGAUUUCAGAUAAGUUGAUACCCAAGGACACAGGUUGAACAAUAACACAGGAGAAGUUCUCUCUCAUGUACAUAUUACGGACAAACACACGCAUGUGCACAAAUGCACACAGACACACAGUGUUUUUUGUGUUGCAGCAGAUAUUUAUGUGGUUGAUGUUGGAUUAUGUUUAGAUGUCAGUACAACGGAAAGAGUGCCUCUCUCCACCCACCGUCUUUACUGUGAAAUAUCAUGGGAGUUGUUUUCAUUAAAGUGGAGUUUACAAGGUUCUGCCUGCUUGACCUCCCUUUCUCUACCUCUCCCCUGCUUUCUCAAGCUGAGGAUAAAUGUCUUCUCUCACCAAUGUAAUAUUCCUUCAGAAUACAUAAAAUCUGACUGAAAGAAUUGUGCAUCUGUACAUGCUUGAUGAACCCCUUCAUCAAGAAAAAUACAAAAACUUCAAACAAUG